AUGGUCAAACUUCGAAAUAAAUUUGAAACGAUGUUCAUUGACCAAUUCAAAUGGGGAAAACUUGCCUGUCCUUAUUUUGCUGGUGACUUAGAUGAUGCCUAUCAAGACAAACUUAGAUUUCCUGAAGACUCACUAAAAGGUAUCCAAUGGAGAGACGUUGUACUUAUGGUAGCUGAAAAUUGUACCUUGUCAUUUAAGAACUAUGCUAGAAAUAAUGAUUUCAUCAACGUCACUGGUUUUGACCAAUACAACCUUGGAGAUAGAAUUGUAUUACUUGAUCUUGAAAAUAUAAAUUUUUUCAGGCAGUUCGUACCAAACUUGUCAGAAUAUACAGCACCAUUGACAGAUUUGAUAAAGGAUAAGGCUGCUGAGAAUACCAAAAUUGAACAUACUGAAGCUUCUCGUCAAGCAUUUGAAUCAUUGAAACAACAUCUCAUUAGGUUACCAAAAAUUUUCAUUUAUGAUCCAGACAAAACCACUUAUAUUUUCACCCCACAGUUCGGAUCGUGCUAUUGGAGGUUUUAUUUGCCAAAGGCAGAAUACAGAUGGAAUUGA